AUGAGACGGUCGCUUUGGAGGUUUCAAUCAAAAUCAGGCGGCGUGUUUUCAAACCCGGCCAAACGUCUGAAAAUCGAUGAGGUGGUUCGAGUAGAUCAGGCGGGGGAGGUGGCAGCAGUCCGAAUAUGUAAGUACCAGCUGUUCUGGAUGUCGCCGCUAAAUGAGUCUGUGCCAAUUGUCAAAGAAAUACUAAAGGAUGAAGUGGUUCACGAAAAGACCAUGAAUGAGUUGGCCACUAAGCACCAUGUCCGACUGACCGCCCUGGAUCCUAUGUUUAAUUUGGGCGCUUGCGCCAUGGGUACACUUACAGCUCUACUUGGCAAAGAGGCGAUGAUGUGCUGUCAUGCAGCAGUUGAAAUCACAAUAGCACAGCAUUAUAACGAUCAACUUCGUGAGCUUGAAUCGCUUGAGAGAGUGGAAGAAGGGCAGAAGACACAUGAGGACGAAGCAUGGAAAGAAAUUAAGGAUAUUGUCGUCAAGUUUAGGGAUGAAGAAGAGCAUCACCAGCAUCUUGGUGAAACAAAUGGAGCUGCUGAAGCCCCUGCAUAUCCGCUUUUAUACAACGGAAUACGGUUGGCUUGUAAGAUGGGGGUGAGUCUGGCGAAAAGGGUAUGA